AUGGAAGUCUUUCCAAACAUAACCGCCAGCAUCCCAGAAGCUCUAGACUUUGGUUUUUGCCCAAUUAAUGAAGUUACCUCAAAAACAGUCACCAUCCACAACCCCUUUCACAAAACCCCAACUCAGAUUUCAAUAGUGAAUAACUCCCCUUUCAUUAUCUCCCCUCUCUCUGGCACAAUCCAAGGCCGUGGAAAACUAGACAUCGCAGUAUCUUAUACCCCAACUGACGCCAACGUUUUGGUUGCAAGUGUGAUAUUUCAAGUCCAAAACGAAGAAGACAAACUAAUGAAAAUCAGCGCAAUUGGGAAAUUCUCAUAUAUCACCCUCAAUAAAAAUGUUUUCCACUUCGGAGAACUUUUAAUAGGCCGUAUUUUUUUUAAAAAAAAUUUUUUUAUAUACCACAUAAAUUUUUAUUUAAAAAUAAUUGAGGAUUAUAUAGGCCAAAACGACACAAAAAACUUGAUAGUGAAAAACCAAUCUGUCGUGCCUACCACUUUUGUGAUUGAGGAAGAUACAGAAGUCCAAGCAUCGUUUGGAGUGCAGUCACCAGAUAAUUCUUUUGCGUUUGAUUUAAUGACAGGAAUAGUCCCAGCUGGGCAGUCAUUUUUAAUAAAAAUCAAAUACAGCCCGACUGUGGUUUACAUGCUUUCAGCUAAAAAUUUCAUUAUUAGGACAAUGGGUGGGAAUUCUCAAAGAUUUACGUGUAUAGGAAGCGGAAUUGGGUUACAAGUUUCAUUAAGCUCAAGAAUUUGCAAUUUCGGAGAAGUUAGGUCAGGGAAUUCGACGUCAAGAAUUGUUACUUUGGAAAAUCAAUCAGCGCUACCUUGCUCGUUUACGUUUUAUGUAGACAAAAGAAAUAUUUUUAGCUUCAAAACGAUUGAAGGAAAUAUUGCAGCAAAAUCGACAGCAAGAAUUGUGGUUUAUACUGCAAUAAAUUAUAAUAGGGAUACAUAUUUAAUUAGAAUAUCUUAAUUUCUAGUAUAAAUAAUCCAUAAAUUUCAAUAUAAAUUGGCAUAUUUCACUCCUAAAGAAACAGUUUCUUACUACUGCCGCGCCUUCUGCCUCAUAAAAAACCACAUGGUUUUAUAUCUCGACCUUGUCGGGACCUGCUAUGACAUUUUACAACGUCCAAUUCCUCUCAGUCAAAAAGAUAUAGAAGUAUUUCGCACCCACGUCCUAAUGGGCACUAUUAACAGACUAAUAGAAAGCGCUCCCAGUCUCAUGGGCUCAUCUGAAGAAGUCUAUGCAGUUUCUGCUGAAAUCCCAAUGGACGAGCCCAACCAAAUCGCCCUCCACAAAGAAAUGAUGCAGAAUUUAAGCGAAAAAAUGAUAAGCAUUAGUGAAGAAUUUAUAGACUUCGGGUUCUGCUUAAAAGACAGGACAAGUGAAGGCAGAAGCAUUACAGUCAAAAAUAAACUGCCUUUCUUUGUAUAUGUAAUGUGGCUUAUCCCAGGGGAGACGCAAAAUCCAUUAGAAAGUCCACAAGCUUUUUCAGUUAGCCCAACUUCUGCGUCGAUCAGUCCAAACAGCUUAGCAAAUUUUCAAGCCUUUUUUAGGCCUUAUGAGCCUGGAAAUUAUUUUUUCCAAGGAAUCACGUGCCAGGUGUGGAUAAAAAGACCGAAGCAGCCACAAAUAGACGAGCUAGGAAGGAUGAGCACGUCACAGACCAUGGGGUCGAUAGGAGCUGGGUCAAAUAUCCAUUUGUCGAGGUUUGGGGUUAUGGCGAUUCCUCCAUUGAAUAUAACCUUGCCGAUGGUUGGACAUUCUUUUCCAAGCAAUAUUCAGCCUUUUAUACCUGAUAUUAAAGUAAGCCCAAGGAAACAUAUAAAAUUUCCACCAUGCUCGCCUGGAGAUUCUAUGUACCAAAGCUUUGAAAUAAUCAAUAAUGCAGACACACCUUGCUAUUUUAGACUGCUGAGUGAAAAUACUGGAGUUUUUAAAGUCUUCCCACAGGUAGGGUUUAUUCAAGCUAAAAAAUUUACACUGCUAACGAUAGAGUAUCAUCCGAAUUCUCCACAAAACUAUAGCUCAGCGAUUAAAUUUGUGCUUAACCAUUCAUCUUCACAAGUCAUCAGCAUAAAAGUGUCUGGAGUUUGUUGUGACCCGACUAUUUUUAUUGAUAAUGAAGCCAAAAUUUUUUAUCCGCCUUUGUAUACUGGAGUUUCAAGUAAGCAAAAAAUUGGGGUAUUCUUUUUUAUAUAAAUAAAUAUUAAUAUGUAAGUGAUAAUCCUUAUUUAUGCUUAGAAUAUAAUGGAAAAAUCUGCAUUAAAUUGUCUUUUAUUAUAAAAAAAAAUACUAAAUUCUUCCCAUAUUCCUAUUGACUAUAACAUAGAAAUCCCUGACAAAUACAGAGACGAACUCACAGUUGAGCCUGUAACUGGCACAAUGUACCCUCAUGAAAAAAUUUUUGUAGAGUUCACCUUUAACGCUUUGAAGCAGCAAGAAUAUCGAUUUAACGUCCCAAUCCGCAUAAAAAGAGUUAUCGACCUUGCACAAGACGCAAACUAUAUAGGCUAUUUCAACCCAGGCUCAGGCGAACACAUGCAUAACCUUCGUCAAGACCCUCUAGAAAAGCUCUACCACAUCACAAUCCAUGGCUCAGGCGGCACUGGAAUGGUCGACAUGAACCCUAAAAACAUUGAUUUCGACACAGUCUCCGUCGGUUUUUCAUCUGUCAGAACCUUCACCUUAAGCAACAUUUCAAACUGUGCCAUCUUUGCAAAACUAGUAAUUAUCCCAAAAGACCGCAGUUUACUACAGGAUGAGGACAGCAAACAAGUGAUAAAUUCUUCUUUUGUCUUUGACUUCAAAGAAGGCGUUUUAGCAGCAAAUUCUAAUCAAAAAGUAAAUUUAUCCCAAUUUAUAAUGAAUUUUUAAUAAAAAAAAAAUUUAAAAAAUAAUCAUUAGAAAUCAGCAUAAGGUUUGUCCCGAAUUGUAGGUCACAAAGCGAGUAUUAUAUUCAGUGCUUUGCUAAGCAGAGUUUUCCUAAUCAUGAUAUACGAGAAACACCGUUAAAUGAAGACUCAAAAAUUGAGCUUACUGCUCAUGGAGAUUUCCCUGUAAUUACAUUGAUUGAUUUAAGGGCGAAAAAUAUCAGCCCUUCACAUCUCUGGAGACGGUUUAACUUGACUAAUACAAUAAAUGCGAUUUUAAGCCCACUGACAGCGCUGGAAAUCAAGUAUAAUAAUGCUGAGAUUUCACAGACUUUGGCACAAGAAAAACUUAAUCAUUUUGAGUGGGAUUUUGGGAAGCUUAAUUUUGUGAGGUCAGCUGAGGCCAGAAAACUAAGGUUGACCAUGCAAAAUAUUGGAGGGGUGACUGCGUCAUUUAGAUUUGUGUUCCCUGAUGAUAAUAAGCUAGAAACGGAGCCUUGGGUUGAUACAGGUGAAACACCUCCGGAGGUGGCUUUUGAGGACCAUAUUUUGGAAAAUAAAAUUUUUGAGGUAAAUCCUAGAGGUGGAGAAUUACAGUGCAACCAGAAAUUUGAUGUAGAAUUGAGCUAUAAUCCUGUAGAAAUCGGAAAGCACAGCUUUAUAUUAGAUGAGAGUAAAGAUUUGUCUUUAUAGUCUCCUUUUUCUGAGCGCCAUGCGUUCCACACUUAAUCCUAGUUUCUCGGUAGAGGCAUUUUCCCUCUAUAUCAGAGUAAUAUGGACUUUACCGAAAAACUCCAUUUCUAACCCUAAAAGCCAGCUCACCCAACCAUGCUUAGUAUGAGUCAGAUCACGGGAUCUUUUAAACUGAAAAGACUGUAGUCCUUGAGAGUCUUGUAUAGCCUGAGUCCCCUUUUUUUCCCUAGUUCAUCACCAAAGGAAAAGUUCAACCGCUAAAGCGAUUCGAAACAGGCCACGAAGCAGCCUAGUAGGUAAGUCGCCUUGCCUCUUUCAGACCCCAAUCUGGGUACUGUUGGCAAAAAAAAUACCGCUCAAGUCAGGCCAUUAAUCAACGGAAAUAGUGCUAGGCUUCUCGCUUCGAGGCUAACCCAGCCCUUUGGCAGUUCUUUACACCAAAAACCAAUUUCGAUAUAUAAGGGCACCUGUCACGGAUUGGACAGAUCGCUUGGCCAUUUUAUGUAUAUAGUAAGCACAGCUUAAAUGUGAUUUUCCAGAUUAUCCAUGGAAAACCAAUAGUCCUUACAUUGAAAGGGGAAACCUUGCCUCCAAAACGCGGAUAUUUGACCUUGAGGGCGCCAGAGUUUGAGUUUGAGCCUUUACCAAUUGGCUUAGGUGUAGGAGUUACCCAGCCCAUAAAAAUCCAAAAUAUUGGGGAUAAUAAAAUCACUUAUGAAGUCGACAAUUCUGCAUUGGAAGAUUUUAUAUCAGAAAACUAUAAAUUCCCGAUUUUUGAAAUCCAGAAUAAAGAAGGGACCAUUGACCCAGGAGAGGUCACGUAUUUAUUCUGCAUGUUUAAGCCAUUAGAAAGCAAAGAAUACUCAGUCACACUACCAAUAAAUGUAAAAGAGCGUCAAAAUGUGAUACAGACCUUGUAUUUACGAUUAAAAGGAAAAGGAUAUCAUCCAAAAAGAGAAAAUCCUCCUCCAAGCCCUACAAUUUUUGACCAGCUGCCUAUUUGCCGCUCUUCAUUUCUCCCUGAUUCCUCAAAUGUAGGAUUUUCAGUAGAAAGUAUAGAUUUUGGCAAAGCUAAGUUUGGGGAACAAAUUCAUAGGAUGGUGGUAAUUUAUAAUAAAAGCCAGACAUUGGAGCUAAAAUAUAAUUUUAAAGCAACUGAGCUUAUAUGUGGAGAUGAAUUAGUAUUAGACCCCAUUAGUGGAAAUUUAGGACCUAAUAGUCAAGUGCCUGUAAAACUGACUUUAAAUCCUAUACUUUAGAUAGAUUAGAUUACGAUGGUAUUUAUUUCCCAAUUCUUGAAACGCCUGCAGGGUGGGCUCCCUUAAGGCAUCUUGAGCCAGGCAGACACUACCGGUUUCUCGGUAGAAGCAUCUUCCCUCUUGAUCUGGGGAAUCUCCCUUUCCACCUCAAGUGCUAAAAUUGCCCGACCCUGCAAGCUUAUGCCAGAUCGUCCCAUUUAGGGGCCUUUUAAACUGAAGAGACUAACCCUGAGAGUCUUGUCUAGCCUGUCUUCCCCUUUUUCUCCAGAUCAUCUCCAAUAAAAAUCUCAACGUAGUUGCGCAGAUUCGGGACAUGGCCACAAAGCAACUUAGACAAGUUAGUCGCCCGACCUCUAUCGGGCAUCCGCUCUGGGCCUGGGCGCUGCUGGUAAAAAAAGAUGCAAAAGCCUGCAGCUCGAGCCAGACAACUAAUCAACGGAAAUAGUGCUAGACCUCUCUCUUCGAGACUAACCCAGCCCUUGAGCAGCUCCUUGUACCAAAAAGCCGCAUCUAGAUAUACAUAAGGACUCCCAACACGAUCGGGUUGCUUGUCACCGGUCAUUUUAUAAUUAUAAAUCCUAUACUUUAUAACUCCCCCCCCCCCCUCCGUGAGCGAACAAAAAAAUUUUGUUCGCUCACGGAGGGGGGUUAAUUUUUUUUUUUAAAAAAAAUUUAUAUAUAAAUUUUAUAAAAAAAUAUUUUUUUCGAAAUUUAAAAAAAUCCUAAUUUGCAAAAAUUGGGAAAGCAAAUAUUAAUUUAAUUUGCAAAAUUUAUGUUUUAAAACGCAAUUUGUUUAAAAUUAAACAGAAUUAGCUCUAGAUUUCAUUAUACUAAUUAUCACUUAUAUAUCAAAAUUUUUUUUCCAUUAAAAUUUUUUCUAUUAAAAAAAUUUUUGUUCACUCACGGAGGGUGGGUUUUUGGUCAAAAAAAAUGGCGAUUUUUCUAAUGGUUUUGUUCGCUCACGGAGGGGCGGGGGGGAGUAAGUAUCUUUUCCAUCAUUUUUUGCAUUUUUUUUAAAAAACAAAAAAUAUAUGGCUUUUUAAUUGAAAAUUAAUUUAAUUAAAUAUAAUAGAAUCCCAACAAUUUAUGAAGGCGAGCUUGAAUGUGUAAUUGAAUGGGAAAACUCAUUAAAGCUCUCCGGAAGGGUCGGUUCUCGGAAAUCUAUGGACAAUAAAGAGCUGUCCUCAGGUAGCUCCUCAUUUGAAAGCAUUUUCUUAAGAAUCAAAAAGUCUACCGUUUUUGAGUCACCAUAUGCUAUUAAUGUGGACAGCACAGACCUAGAGCUUGUAAAAACCAUAUUUAAACAGACCAUUCAAAAUAUCGUGAGCGAGCCUGACACUUAUAAUUUAUUAGAAGAACUUUACCAUGAGCCAAGCCCACUUAUGGAGCAGCUCGACAACUCAGAGCCUCCUAGCCUCUAUAACCUUUACUCCUUAGAAGACGUUUUUGAAGAGGAAGAAGAUGAACUUGAGCCUGACUACGUAUUAGAAAGACUUUACUUAAAAGACGAAUUCACAGAUUUAUCAAGAUUUAUACUAGAAAGUACUGUUUUUAAUGCUAUUAGUGAAGCGAUUUAUCAAGAAGCAGACUUAAUGAACUCAGGAAAGAACUAUAUUAAUAUGAAGCCUACUUAA